AUGCAAUCAACACUGCUCUGGGGCCUCCUUGCCUCGUCGCCUUUCCUGGCUGACGCCCUUGGACUGGGCCGCUCGACGACAAAAACAGCCGUCAAGACUGUUUUCCUUCCUCCCCGUCAGACUGGUACGGUUAAAAACAUUUACGCAUCCAUCAUCACCGAGGAGGCAUCCAAGACCGAGUACCUCCUCGCCUGCCAGACCAACUUUAAAUCGCCAUACACGUGCGGGGGCGAAUUUACGGGCAUUACUGUAACAUACGAAAAGUCCAUGGUGGACGUCUCAUUCAACACCACCACUUACGACUGCGAAUUGGGAUCCGCGGCUGUCUGUGCGACAAAGACGCAAUCGUCAGGUGACGCAGCGACCACCACCCUGGCUCCUAGCGAGAGCUCCGCUUGGAUGACACCCAUUACCGUUCUCGAAGUCCAGAAGAAGAAGACGACCAAGAAGAAGUCGACCGCUACUGCUGCGCCGACAGCGGGAUCUAGUUCUAAGCACUGCAAGCGCAAGGUUCACGGAAGCUCUGGGGGAGAUUCGAGCUCGGGAGGCUCUAGCGGAAGCAGCGGUAGCUCCAGCGGCGGUUCUGGCGGCAGCGACUCGGAUGCAAGCAACGGCACCAAGACGGGCAGCGGUUCCAGCACCAGCAACGACGACGAUGAUACAACCACCAGCCAGAGCAGCAAGAGCAAGAAUAAGAACAAUGAUGACGGCUGCUCAGAUGCCUCCAAGCUUAGUGGGACCUGGGGUCUCUUGGGUCUGGCGCUGAGUGGCUACAUUGUUGCCAACUUGUAG